AGAGUUGCCAACACUUGCUGCCUCCAUUCCCUGAAGCCCCAUCCAUGCCUCACCCCGCUGGAAUCCGACUUCCACCCCCGGCCUUUAAAUCUGCCUCGCACAGGGGUUAUCAAUAUAUCAAUGACCUACUUGCUUCUGAGACAAAUGGGAUUCUCAGGCCUUAUCUUACCCUGCCUUGCUGCCCACUCCUCCUGCCUCUCCUCCUGGGCAGGACCGGCAGGUGCUCAGGCCCGUCCCCAGCCGCUGGCUCGGGCGUCCCAGGCUCCCUGCCGGCGUCCACCUUCAGCCUCCUCUCCAGCCCCAGCCCUCUGGCGACUUCUCCCACCUCCACAGUGGCUGUGCCACGAUGAGUCCCAUCAAUGCCCGCUGCAGCCUGCCCCUUUCUCCGCCGGUCCCCUUUCACCUACUGGGAAAUCACACAACCCUAAGGCUUGGAGAAUCCAAGCAGUUUCCCUCUAAACCCCCAGGGUUGCGAAACCGCAGGGGAAACGCCAAGUCCCUGAGCUGGGCUAGGGGCGCCGUACGAGGUAGCACGGGCGGGACGCGAUUCCUCGGGGGAGGCGUCCCCACUGUCCCCCCAACCCCGUCCCUCUCCCCCUGCGGCCCGGGCCAGAAGCACCCGGCCCCGCGCCGCAGAGGCGAUGCCGCAUCCUGGCACCAAGCCCGGGCAGCGGGGAGGGGCAGAGAGAACCCAGGGGCUGCGGGAAGCGUGGAAAGGGAGUGGCCCCAAGGGGACCCGGGCUCGCUCCAGACCUUCGCUCCGGGGGCGGAGGGGAGGGGCCCACCACGGCCUUAUUUCCGCGAGCGCCGGCACUGCCCGCUCCAAGCCCGGGUCUGUCGGGUGCCGAGCCAACUUUCUUGCGCCCAUGGAGCCCCGCCGGCAACCGCUGCCCGCUCCCUGGUCCGGGCCCGGGGGCCCGCGCCCCACCGCCUCGCUGCUCGCGCUGCUGCUGUUGCUGGCCCCGGUGGUGGCGCCCGCGGGGUCCGGGGGCACCGACGACCCUGGGCAGCCUCAGGAUGCGGCGGUCCCGCGCAGACUCCUGCAGGAGGCGGCGCGCGCGGCGCUUCACUUCUUCAACUUCCGGGCCGGCUCGCCCAGCGCGCUGCGAGUGCUGGCCGAGGUGCAGAAGGGCCGCGCGUGGAUUAAUCCAAAAGAGGGAUGUAAAGUUGACGUGGUCUUCAGCACAGAGCGCUACAACCCAGAGUCUUUACUUCAGGAAGGUGAGGGACGUUUGGGGAAAUGUUCUGCUCGAGUGUUUUUCAAGAAUCAGAAACCCAGACCAGCCAUCAAUGUAACUUGUACACGGCUCGUCGAGAAAGAGAAAAGACAACAAGAGGAUUACCUGCUUUACAAGCAAAUGAAGCAACUGAAAAACCCCUUGGAGAUAGUCGGCAUACCUGAUAAUCAUGGACAUAUUGAUCCCUCUCUGAGACCCAUCUGGGAUUUGGCUUUCCUUGGAAGCUCUUAUGUGAUGUGGGAAAUGACAACACAGGUGUCACACUACUACUUGGCACAGCUCACUAAUGUGAGGCAGUGGAAAACUAAUGAUGAUACAAUUGAUUUUGAUUAUACUGUUCUACUUCAUGAAUUAUCAACACAGGAAAUAAUUCCCUGUCGCAUUCACUUGGUCUGGUGCCCUGGCAAACCACUUAAAGUGAAGUACCACUGUCAAGAGCUACAGACACCAGAAGAAGCCUCCGGAACUGAAGAAGGAUCAGCUGUAGUACCAACAGAGCUUAGUAAUUUCUAAAAAUAAAAAAUGAUCUUUUUCCGACUUCUAAACAAGUGACUAUACUAGCAUAAAUCAUUUUUCUAGUAAAAUAGCUAAGGUAUAGACAUUCUAAUAAUUUGGGAAAACCUAUGAUUACAAGUAAAAACUCAGAAAUGCAAAGAUGUUGGUUGUUUAUCUAUCAGUUAGUCUGCUUUAGCUUUUAACUCUGGAAGUGCAUGCACACUGAACUCUGCUCAGUGCUAAACAGUCAUCAGCAGGUUCCUCAGGGUUUCAGCCCUAAAAUGUAAAACCUGGAUAAUCAGUGUAUGUUGCACCGGAAUCAGCAUUUUUUUUAAACUGCAAAAAAUGAUGGUCUCAUCUCUGAAUUUACAUUUCUCAUUCUUUUGAACAUACUAUAGCUAAUAUAUUUUAUGUUGCUAAAUUGCUUCUAUCUAGCAUGUUAAACAAAGAUAAUAUACUUUCGAUGAAAGUAAAUUAUAGGAAAAAAAUUAACUGUUUUAAAAGGAACUUGAUUAUGUUUUAAGAUUUCAGGCAAGUAUUCCUUUUUAACUUGCUACCUACUUUUAAAUAAAUGUUUACAUUUUUAAACAAUGAAA